CCAAGUUGUAUAGCACACUCCACAGUUUGAGAGCCUCGAGCAAGCAAAGCAGCUCACAGCACUGCUGGCACCAGGGAGACGUCAGUCUGGUUUCGGUGUCCACGCCGAACGUUCGCAGUGGUAAUAGCUGUAACGCUGAAUUUCGUCUUUGAAUCCACCUGGUCCUUGUGUACUUUAUAACGUUUGAAAAGCACUGUACAUCAAGCCACUUUCCAAAGCCUAAGAUAGGGCUGAACAAAAAUAUAUAAAGAGAGAGUGUGUUAAUACAAUAAUUAAAUACCGGUCCGCGAGUGCAGUUGUUAUUUAUUUAUUUAUCUUUCUUUUAAAAGCACAGUACCGUUUUUGUGAUGAUGCAUUAUAAGAAGGAAUGCAGCAAUGUAUAUAGACAAAAGCGUGCUGUAGAAUGCGUCGCCAUGGAGACCAAGUGUUGUGCCUUAGGGGUGUAGUGGAAUAACCGGUAAAAUAAAAAAGAAAAGAAACGGACACGUGAUUCUAGUAAAGGGCUCUUAUCGAGCAAUCGAGAAAUUUGUAUAAAUUUCUUGAAUGACAAUUAUGACAAUUUUUUAUUGCAUCUUCGAAGAUCUUCGGUCCUAAUCUGCUCUCUCAGAAUACACUACAGUCUAUGCAUCUCCAGCAGUGACUUCGUUCACAAUUACCGGCAGUUCUAUGCAUGGAGUUUUGUUGAGCAAUCGUAGUAAAUGUCAGUCGGGGAAUUGUUACUGCUUAGUUAUAUGUAUAUACGAAUACAAUUUAUGUGUAUAUAUAUAUAUAUAUAUAUAAAAGCAGAGAGCGUACAAGUCUAACCUGACUUUGUUUGACAUCUUGGCUCGCAUUACAGCUAAACAGCUCACAGGCAAAGUGUCAUCUCAGAGAAAUAUAAGAACGAUCGUUGCACUUUCCUUUGGCCUUGUCGCUCCUCUCUAUGUGAUUUAACUACCGACUACAGUGACGGCGGCACAGCUACCGUGAUAAGAUAAAGGUAUCUCAAGAGGAGAGCCAACGAAUGUGGAGAUGACGCAAGGAGGCACGAGCAUCGCCUCGAGAGUAGCCGAAGGCAUUACCCAAGCAUCACCGAUAUCACUGUCAAGAGUAGUGUUGCUCUUCCUGUUACCGGUACUGUUGCUGAGACAUGUCACAGCUGAAACGACAACUUCCUCCGUGUCGGUAAAACCUGAACUGUUUUACAAUGAUAAGGCUACGGAACCGAAAUACGGUCACAGAACCAUCCAGGAAGCUGGUGUCUUGGAGAGUAAAAAUGAAAACGCCGAAAGUACCGCAGAAGCAGGAAAUCGAAGCUGGAAGAAAAGUGGACGUAAAAUUCGCAAUCGCGAUGAACAGGAGCCUCUCAACAGUGAGAGUGACCUCUUGCAGAUCCCGACAAUUGCAACGAUCGACUUAGAAGAUCGGUCUAGUACUACGGGUAAGGAGGAAGUUGGGUCGACCUCACAGAAACUGAUAUCGGAAAUGACGACCCCGGUUGUCUCACAUCUGUCUCAUCAGAGCAUUGAGAAUAAAAAUAUAGAGAAAUUUGGUAAUUCUGAGGAUGAUUUUGAUAGUAAAACCGAUACUGACGGCAAAGGUGUUCCUAGUAAACCGAUAUCUUUGUUAAAUGAUACUCUUGUGAACUAUCAUAAGCUUUCGUUAGAGAAAGAUGAGAGAACUGACAUUAAUGGCAGUGCGCGUAAUUCCACUGGAACCGCAGUACACACCGGAACUAAUUUAUUGUCUGACAAUGUCAAUGCCAAGUACGAAGAGUAUCAACCUAAACAGGAAGUUGAACUUCUUGGAAAUGAUUCCUACCUGAUGACCAGUAUGAAACUACAUUCAGGGCCUAGUACUUCUACGAGUGAAAUUGAUGAAGAAUCUAAUUUCUUCACGACUAUCUUAGCGUCUAGCUCACCGAAUCCAAAUGUAAAUGAUCAGAAGGACGUUGAUAAAGAAAAGAGGAAGAAAAAAAAGAAGACGAUGGCUAUGACUGUGACAGGUGAUCCUGAUAAUGAAAAUCAGGACACCAGGUCGACGAGCAGUACCAGCAUAAAUAUUCCUGAUAACAUGACUGAUAGCGAUAUCAAUGUAUCCCAUAAUGAGUCGUUCAAUGAGAAAGGGUGGCCUUAUCCUUACGCAACUAGUUUUCAUCACUUUGCUUACGGCGGAAAAGAGAAAACGACUGAACGGGGAGAGAUCAGUGUGACAUCCCCUAAAACCGUAAAAGAAACUCUUCAGUAUGGAAAUGCUAUAGGAAAUCAAGAAUCAAUUUCAAAGGAAGCAUUAGACGUAUCUUCUUCAACAGUUCCUCAACCUGUGUUAACGACUCCAAGCACUAAGCCUAUUCACAGUAAAAGAUCAGGUAACUUCAGUAAGGUUGAAUCCUCAACUUCCCAAUUAUUUUUUUCAACAACCACACCAACAGUCAUGACCACCCUAAUGACACUGACUUCAACAUCCUUACCCAUUAGUUCAGCAAGUACAGAAGCUAAUGACAACCUGACACAGAGUCUGACGACGAACUUCAACCCGAAUUCAACAUCUUCAACAGUUACUACGACUACUACUACUACUGCUGUCACGAUGAAUUCUGGCAACGUUACCACGACGGUAACAGAAGCCGAGGAGACAAAUACGAGCUCGGUCAAUCCUCAAACAACCAGCAACGAGAUUCAGAGCGAUUUAACAUAUUCUAGUCCUAUUCUUUUGCUGCCUAACGUAACUGAACCCGUCCAAAAAUAUUUAUCUACGAUGGCUGCUGAUGAUUUGACACUGUCCCGGACUACCCCUGGACCAGACACUAACGGUACGGCCCCACUUGCUACAUUGUCACCGUCCAGCACUACUGAAACUGUCGCAAGUCCCUCAUCCGUUGAAAAUUAUAUCAACGAUUCCACUAAUGAACCCUCGCACGAUGCCAUCACCGAGAAUGAAACAUCCAAAACAUCAAUGGAAUACGAAUUUGUGGGCUUGACGGAACCUACACCAUCCGAGAAAUAUGUGGCUAGUACAGAAAAAGAAAAAAUUUAUUCAUCGACGGAGAAAGAUCACCGUGACGACGUGAUGUCAACAAGUACUGACCAAUUAACAGAGACCUGGACAUCCACUCCUAAUGUUGAAGCGACGACAAUGGGCGAUAAUGAUUCUUUGGUUAAUUUAAAUAACGAGACUCUUCGACCAAGAAUGCUGGAAACCAGUGAAAAUGAAGAAUCGUCAGCGACGACUAUUUAUCCCAUUGUUUUUAAUAGUGACAAUACUACUGAACUUUAUGUCACAGACAGUGAUGAAGGUUUGAAUACUACUACACCUGUCAUUGUAAACUCAACUCAAUCUACUUUGAACCUUGACACGUUAACCGAUGAUGAGAACGUAUCUACUUUGUCAUCAAUCAGUUUGGGUUCUGGAAAUUCAAAUUCCCAGACCACAGAUGUCACUAUUGAGGUUUCCAAUUCCUCAACUGAAUUUACGACAAUCAGCACUGUUGACUAUACUGUAGAAAGUACAGUUAAUAACACUGUAGAAAGUACAAUUGAUACCACAGUGGGCAGUACAAUUAACGACACUGUUGAAGGUACAGUUGAUAACACUGUGGGAACUACUGUUAACAACACUGGGAGAGCCACAGUGUAUAACACUAUGAGAACUACAGUUGACUAUACUAUGAGAAGUACAGUUGAAAGCAUUGUUGAAAAUUCAACAAGUACUGAGAUCACUAAUGACAGUACUACGACAAAAACCUUAAUGUCAACGUCACCAGUGACAGCGUCAACGUCAACAUCAACAAUGAUCGUACCGCGAAAGACUGUUGCUCCUGAAGAGAUGACGGUUCUUGUCAGGAUCGUGUUUGAAGGCAGCUGGAGCGAAGUCUGUAAAAAUUUACCAGAACUUCAAAAUUCCCUAGCAAAACUACUGACGUUAGGAACGGAGAAGUACGUUUCACCGUAUCAGAUAGUCUUUCAUCAAGCUCAGUGCCAAAACACUUCGGAGACGUCGGCAUCGAACUCGACGCUCACCUCAGUCCUCGUCUACGUCCUGGAUGAAGAUGGAAACUUUGAUGCUAACAUGACAGAACUACUUCCAAGCUUGCAUAAGAUGUAUCCCAUAGAAACUGCAUUGCCAAUCCAUAGCUUUCUUCUGGUUCACGAAUCUGAUUCCGGUAAUGCCAUAGCAGUUGUGGUAGUCUCCUGCGUCGCCUUCAUAUGCUUGGUCCUACUAGCUGGCCUCUUGUUCAUCAUGAGAAAGAGGCAGACGACGCCUUUCAGUAGUUACGGUAGACGAUGUCGUCCGAUUUCUUUGGACGCUUACAGAGUGGACAGUGUAUCGGCAUACAACAGCGUAAGACGUAAAGGCAUUACCAGGGCGUCAAAGAGGAGUUACGGCAACCCAACCUUUGAAGAUUCUACUGUCACGCCGAGCCACCCUCUGAAUUUUGGUGGUCUCUCAACCUUCUGCAAUGACAAAAACGCCAUCGCCGAAGAAUACGCAAGCAUUCCCCAGGUCUCAAGUUGUGUAGACGAGGUACCUGUAGGCGCAGAAUCGAAAAAUAGGUACGCCAACGUGAUACCUCUACCUGAGACCAGGGUUCCUUUGCAAAGACUGAACAAUGAUCCUCUCACAGAAUACAUUAAUGCCAGCUACGUCCGGGGACCAAAGAAUGCUUCCAAGUAUUAUAUAGCCUGUCAAGCGCCCACGGAAUCCACCGCCACUGAUUUCUGGCGAAUGAUCUGGGAGCAGCAAAGUAAGGUGAUAGUGAUGCUGACGGACUUUGUAGAAAAUGGUGUGGAAAAGUGCACCGAGUACCUGCCACCUUCGGAGGUAACGGAUUGUCACAGACUCUACGGAGACUAUCAGGUCACGCUGAAGAAACGGGAGACCAAAGAGAAAUACGCCAUUUCAACGCUUCACUUAAAGAACCUGGAGAACAACACAUUCAGGGAGAUCUUUCACAUCUGGUACCUGUGGCCUUCCAACGGCGUCCCUAACGACGCUGCAGGCCUAAUCGCUGUCCUCUUAGAGGCUAGAGCCUUGCAGCGGGCGGUAUCCGGUCCAAUGGUGAUACAUUGCAGUCCAGGAACAGGUCGCACAGGUACUCUCAUUGCCCUUGAUCUGGGGAUCAGACAGUUUGAAGUCACAAGGACGGUUGAUGUCCCACGUGUCGUCUAUACUAUAAGAAGGGAUAGAGCCGGUGCUGUUCAAACAAAGGAACAAUAUGGUUUUAUCUACAAGGCUCUGAAUUUGUACGCGACAAAACUCGCUGGAGGAACACUCGAAUCUAUGUGAUGCUGCUGUUUGAGCUAUUGAACUAUUGAGCGUGCAAAGUUUGAAUUGACAUGAAAAAUUUGUCAUCAGAGAAGAAAACUCAUGAGUCAACGACCAAAGUGAUAUUGAGUGAAUCUAAUUGAUAUUAACGAUGUUAAUACCCUGAGUCAUCAUUUUGUUUUAAUGGACUAUCUUUAUACUAUGUAUAUAUACUAAGAUUUGAUUUAUGUAUACUAAGAUUUAAGAAAUCCUACGUAAAAUGGCGAAAUCAUAAGGAGAAAAAAAACUAUUCGAAUUCAAACGCCAUUUGUUUGAACGGUCUAUACUUUUAUUGUUCUUGUUGACAUUAUCAUUGUUAUUGUUAUUGUUAUUGUACAGACAGUACUCUGUAUAUGGUAUAUACAUUAUACUCUAUUGCUUUGCUCCAGUCGUUCGUGUAAAGGAGCAGCUCUCUACUCUUAAUACUCUUGUAUAUAAUACAUAUUUGCACAUGCAUAUAGGAUGUUUAUUAAAACAUUACUUUCAAUUUUAACUUAUGUAAGUUCCAUGUAAAUCUAUCCACUCGUACCUCCAGGUAUGAUAAUCGUCCAUUUAAUGGUCCUGUAAUUACUCCUUUAAGAAACUCCAAACAUCAAUUUUUGUCUUGGUCUUCCUGCAAUUUAUUUAUAAGAAUCAAUAAAUUCUAUACUUAUAUAAGAUGUAAACUCUCAAA